CAUUCAGGAGUACAGAAGUGCAGUUGAAGCCUAUGGCUGUACCUCAGAAGUUAAGUCCCACUAUGUUUUUGGAGGUAACUCUCAACUCUUUGCUGGCUCUUGGGAAGCACUGAACUUUCAAAGCGGAGAAAAGAGGAGUUUGUCUAAAUCUCUUCAGGCUUGGUGAUGAGUUCUGUGAUGAAGCAGGGGCUGCUAGCCCAGGAAAAUGUGGUUGGUGGAAGUGCAGGAGUGUUUCACAAAGACAGUGGUUUCAGUGAAGUAAGAGACUCUUCUAUCCAGGUCCCUACAUUUGCUGAGAGGAAGAAUGUUUUACAGUUGCGGUUACAGCAGCGAAGACGCCGAGAGCAGCUUGCCAGCCAAGGCAUCAUGCCACCACUGAAAAGCCCUUCUCCCUUCCAUGAGCAAAAGAAGAGCUUGGAGAAAACUAAGACUGAAGAUUAUUUUAAGCACAAGAUCCGAAACAGACCUGAGCAUUCUGAACUGCUUGAUAUGCACAUUGUUCAAGAUUCAACUGCAGAAGAAUCCGUUCAAGCUAGUCAGAUGAAACUAAAACGAGCCCGUCUUGCAGACAAUCUGAAUGAAAAAAUUGCUCUUAGACCAGGACCUCUGGAGCUGGUGGAGAAGAAUAUCAUUCCUAUUGACUCAGCUGUGAAAGAGGCCAUCAAAGGUACCCAAGGAAACUUCACUAAAUCUUCAGAUGCCUUUGCCUUUGAAGAAGAUAGCAGCAAUGAUGGACUGUCCCCAGAGCAAGUUAAAAGUGAGGAUUCUCAGGGGUCUACAGAAUUGGCAACAAGAAUCAAAAUACCUGAAGCAACAUUUUCUUCAGUGUCUGGGACAACUCAGGGCCAUUCCCAUAGUUCUGAAAAUGAUAUGGCUGAUUCAUCAUCUCUGCAAAAUAGUCACCCAGAAAGUCCAAAAGAGCUCAAUGGGCAACAGACACCUCCUAUUCCUAUUACUACAUCUGUAAAGUCAAAAUCUUCAAGUGAUAGUAAGAAUCGCCACAAAAAACCCAAGGAGAUGAAGCCCAAAGUGAAGAAGCUAAAAUAUCACCAGUACAUUCCACCAGACCAGAAGGCAGAGAAGUCUCCUCCUCCCAUGGACUCUGCCUACGCCAGGCUACUGCAACAACAACAGCUCUUCCUGCAGCUCCAGAUCCUUAGCCAGCAACAGCAGCAUCGGCACCAGCAGCAGUUCAAUUACCCUGGAUCACAUUCCUCUCAGCUAAAACAACUGAAUGAGCCUAAAAUCUCAGGCUCUUCCCCUAUGACAAUCACCAAUAAUCCUCUUUCUCCAGUGAAGGGAACCUUUUCUGGGCCAUCUUGCAUUUCAUCCCUCAAACCAGGUCCUCUCCCCUCCAAUCUGGAUGACCUUAAAGUGUCAGAAUUAAGACAGCAACUCCGAAUAAGGGGACUUCCUGUAUCAGGUACAAAAACAGCCUUGAUGGAACGUCUUAGACCCUUUCAAGAGUGCAGUGGGAAUUCAGUGGCUUCUUUCAAUGAAAUAACCACGGUCACUUUCCCAGUAACCCCAACAAGCUCUCUCUCCAGUUAUCCAUCACAGUCUUCUACCAGUCUGUUAUCCAAUGGCUUUUACCAUUUUGGCAGCACUAGUUCCACUCCGCCCAUCUCUCCAGCUUCCUCUGACCUGUCAGUGAGUGGCUCCUUGCCAGACAGUUUCAAUGAAGGACCAAUGUCUUCCCCUCAGUUUGUCUUGCACCCCUCACCUGUGCAAGGUGGUUGUGAGGAGAACUUGGUGGGAAGCAUCAACGGAGUUGGUAUCCAGCAUGAUGUCGAAAGAGUUGACACAGAGAAAGACAAAAUGCUCGUGGAAAAGCAAAAAGUAAUCAAUGAGCUGACUUGGAAAUUGCAGCAGGAGCAGAGGCAAGUGGAAGAGUUGAGAAUGCAGCUCCAGAAGCGCAAAAGAAGCCAUGGACUGGAAGAUAAGCAGCCCCCAGCACAUGUGUUUGGUUUUCCAGUCAAGCAGGAGAAUGCAGUGUCCAGCUGCCCAUUUGCCUCUAAGCAAGCUGCCUUGAAAGGUAAGGCUAGCAAUUCUGAGGCAUUAAGUAACUGUGGGACACCUCAGAUGCCUCAUCUUGUAAAUAGCCAUUGCAUGGAACCUUCUGGACAAAAUGGCAUACUCUCCUCCACAUUCCUAAGCCCACAGUGCUCUCCUCAGCAUUCUCCACUAGAGGCAGCGAAGAGUCCUCAACAUAUCAGCCUUCCACCCUCACCAAACAGCCAUUACCUUCUCUCCAUGUCUCCUAGCCAUCAGGGAGAAGGACGCAGCAGUUCUCCACAACCCCCCAGCCGCCAUUUGUGCACAACUCUGGUGCCGACACAAGGGGGCCCAAAGUAUUCCGUUCUGUCUGCCAGCUUUUGUAAAUCAAGUACUGCUCUCCCAGAGGGAAAACAGCCUCCACCUUAUGCUGAUGCUGUAAAACAGCAAAUGACUCAAAGUCAGCAGAUGGAUGAACUAUUAGAUGUGCUUAUUGAAACUGGAGAAAUGCCUGCAAAUGCUAAAGAGGACCGCCCUUGUCUUCAGAAGGUACCUCAGAUAACAGUGUCUUCAGGAACUUCUGGAACACCCUUGUUACUAAAGGCAUCCACUGCAUUUGAGCAAAACACCUCAAAUCAGCUCCCCUUUGAACGCUGCUCUAGCAAUGACAGUCAUUUGGAAAUCCUGUUAAAUUCCCACAGUCCUCUUGGGCGGUCAAGUGAAGUCACCCUUCUGAAAUUGGGUACUGAGGAACCUCCCUUUGACGGAGCAAUGGAAGGAUUUUCUAGCAAGGCUGCCGAUGAAUUAGUCUCACCCCAUGAGAUCCUGCCAACCCCCCUCUCGCCCAUGGAGACUCAGUUGUCUCCCUCAUCUGGUGAAGGAACUGGUUUGCACAUGAGCUUCACAGAGUCUCCCUGGGAAACAAUGGAAUGGCUUGACCUCACACCACCAAGCUCAGCCAAUGGUUUUGGUUCCCUGACCACUACAGGGCCCAGCAUCUUCAACAUCGAUUUCUUAGAUGUUACUGAUCUCAACUUGAACGGCACUAUGGAUCUGCACUUACAACAGUGGUGAUCAAAGUAAACCUUUUAAGGAUAGGGAGGAAACAUACCACAAGUAAUUUGCAUGGAAAGAAUUAAAAGACUAUUUUAGAAUGUGCUGGAAUAAUGCAGAGAGAGCAAAAGGAACUGGAGUCAUUUUCCCCAGGACAUAAUUUAUCUUUUCACCAUCAGUGGAUUCACAAAAUGAUUAUUUCCUUUUCUUGCUACACUCAAAAUAAAGAAUCCUUCAUUUGUAACACAAAUUCCUCCUUACCCUUUGUAAGCAAAUCCAGUUGCUCCUCGUCAGUUUCAACCUCUUCCAGGAGAUUCUCUAUGCAAGACAACUGUACAUUGCCCAAAUUUGUCAGUACUAAUCCUAACAGGUUUAUCAAACUAUAUGACACUGUUAUGGGCAUAUUUGUAGAUCCCAUACACUGCUUCUUGUGAACCUUUGCUCUUCAUGCUUAUUAUAUACGGAUAUGAACAGUUUAACUGGGGAUUUCCCUAACCCACUUUUAAAGUCAUCUUGCUCUGAUGCAUCAAGAGAUCAUCAACCUUUUACUAUCAAUUUUCAAAACUGAAAUAAUUUCCUAGCGUUUCCCUGAAUAUUUUUCUCUUUUUAAGUUUAUUUAUUCCUUUUGUUUUCUCAGUUUUAAAGAUACAUGCAGCAGACCUGAAGUAAUAUGAUUUAUUUUGUAGUGGGCACUCUCCUUGGAAAAGAUUUCAAAAUGGAACAACAAGAAAAUGUAGAAAUAAGAGGUCUUUAAUUGAGUGUAAUUGGAGGAGAGCCUUUGUGGCCUCACCAAUGUUCUGCUUUAAAGGUACAUUCCUCCUUUAAUAAGUACUUAUUUCAUUGUUUUUAUUUUUUUAUUAAAUUAAAAUGUAAACUGUAUGUAUGUAUAUAAUUUGAGAUACAUAAAAGUUGUAACAGUUCAGCACAUAACCAGUAUUCAUCCAUCAUUCAAAAUCUUUUAAACAUUUAACAUAAAUUUUGUCCGUGAUCAUUAGAUAGAAAUUCCAAAUAGCCAUAUCAAGAAUAAAUUCACCAUAAGCAAUAGUCUUCACCCCUUAUAAGAAGUAGAAGAUGAGCAAGAUAAAACCUUUGAAUUCAGACAUUUCUAUUCUUCUUCAGAUUUAUUUUUAUUGGGUUGCCAUAUCUUUAUGAAUGUGUCAAAUAGUUUUAUUCAGUAAUUCUCAAUGUUUGUCGAAUUGCCUCUUGCUUCAGUCUCUUUUCUUUUGAAUUAUUUGCAUAUAUUAUUUUUGCUGCCACUAUGGAGCAAAAUAGCAAUCAUGUCCUAGCCUUUUGAUACCAGAGAUACUUGAAGCAGCCUUGCUGGAUUUCUUUGAUUUCCUCAAUCUACUGCAAUUUCCCAUGUUUCAUAUCUGUUGCCAUUCUAGAGGAUCCAUCAACCCUCAAAAGUGCAUCUCUGUGAGUUAAUAUCAAAUAAGGGAAUAAAAUCAGGAAAGCAGAGACUGGAAGCAAAGUUCUUUUGGUUUUAUCUGAAUCCAAAGCUGUUACAUUAAUACUACAAUUAAUUUCUAAGUUUUCUAAGAGAAUGAUCUUGCUGCUGUCAGGAUUAUAAAAUAGUGGAUUGUCCACAUCUUCAGAAAUCUUGAUAGCUAGGUUUCGAAAGAGAUGAUUGAAGCAGUGUUUUUGCUUUUCACUAAGUAAUAAAAACAGCUCCAAAAAUCUCUUUCAAUAAACAAAUUGUUCUCCCAUGAUUAGUGAAAGGUGUUGCUUCUAAGUUCUUCUUCAAACCAGCCUUAUAUUAUGAAUUUCAAAUCUUAUCAUACCUAGCUGUGACAGGCAAAAAGUUGCAGGUUAUUCAUGUUUAGCAAAUUCUGAAUUAUGAGUAACAGAUAGCAUAUAAAUUGGAUUAAGAUUCCUAUAUUUAUUCAAAAGCAUCCAGAUUGUUAGAUAACACAGCCUCAUUUUGUGUAUAUGUGUAGCUUCUCCAGGGGAUUCCAACCUUCCCUGUUUUCCAUCCCAUUUUCCUGUCCCGGCUGACAUGUUCAAAGUAGCCAUUCUUCCAGUACAGACUGUCUUACUCCAUAACAUCUCUCUACCCUGAAUCACCAGAAAUCAAUCAAACCAUUCCUUGCUGCCUUCUUAUGGUUCAGAAAUCUUAUAUUUGUCACUUUCUCAUACAAGACAAUAAUAAAUAAAAUCUCAAAUUACUGCUAUUUUUCAAUAAGGCUAUGCUAUAAAAAUGUAACUGAUUUGAACAAUGGCAACCCCUGAUAAGCUAUAACUGUUCUAUUUUAAUGUAACUUUUAUACAGUACAAAAAUGGGAUGAGAGGAACCUUGACUGGAAAAAAAACCUUGCUUUAAUUAUUGUUGUUUCUGUGUUGCUUAGACUUCAGUGAAAAUAAUUUCGUUUAGGCAAUGCUCCAUUAUCGCCUAUGAUAUGACAACCACAUACCUACAUUUCAGUAUUUCUUCCCAAAAAAAGAUUUGUGUAUGUGAUAUAAUUUGUGAAACAAUGGCAUCAAAAACUGUUCUUAAUCUAAUCACUAUCUCUAGAUUACAUUUUAUAACUUUCAAUAAUAGCUCCAAAUAUGAAUAGUUUGGAGGAUAGAGAUAGCUUUCUGUCAUGUGCUAAUCCAAAUUGGGCAGUUUCUUAUGAAUGAAAAGUUUAUCUUCCAUUAUUUCCUUUUUUCCUUUUUUUGUGACUGCAAAAAUAUUGAAUGCAAAUUUCCCUGCAUGCAAGAUUUUGUAGGUUUGUUUUCAGAACUUUUUCAUAAGUGUCCCUGUCAGUUGAGAACUGGAAAAAAAUGUUGAAACAUCUCUAGGUUUGGAUAAUUGGGUACAUGGGUGUCCUGCAUUUUUAUAAACAAAUCACCCAGAAGACAUAUCUUUCAGAAUGAACCUUAAAAUAAGUUGCAAUUUGUUUGAUCAUUUCUCCAUAUAAAUGUCAUCUAUCACUACCUUAGGACUUCACUCUAUUUCAGUUUUGCUUAUUCUCUUGUAAAUGGAUAUUAACUAUUAUGCUAUUAUGUCACUUAAGUCUAUACUUGCUUUUUCAAACCAAUUACAUUACUGAACUACAGACCAGCUGUGUAAAUUCAUUCUUCAGUGGGUUUUUUAAUGUUUAAAAAUCAAAUACUUUGAUUUUUUAUUCCAAAAAGAAGAAUCUAAUUCAGCCUGAUUCAUGCUAUAUCCCUUAAUAUUUAAAGCAUGCAUCAAAGAAUAUAUUGUACAAUCUUAAUAGUUGAUAUUCAUUAUUUAAAGAAUUUUUUCUUACCAUCUUAGCUGUCUGCCAAACAUACCUUUUCUUUCUUUUUUCUAUUUAAUUUUUAAAAAGUGGCCAAACUAUUACUGUUUUCCUGCAAAAGACUAAAAUGUCUUUGGUAAUGGCAUUUCCUUUAACAAUUUGGUACUAAAUAUAUCUUGUUAACUUAAAUGUUUUAAUUUAAAUAUUAAUUCAUAAAUAAAUAAAGAAGAAAUGUAUACAUAGGCAAUGAUGGAUAAUAUAUGGAAGAAAUAUUUAAGGAAAUGUCAGUUUAAGAAAUCCCUAUCAAUUUGGAGGACCAAUUAUUAUAAUAUAAUUAUAAUAGCUACUUUAUUGUAUUAUGUUUAUAAUAAUGUAACAGAACACAAUAAGUUAGAAUAGAAUAAGAGUUGGAAAGGACCUUUGAGGUCUUCUACUCCAACCCCCUGCCUAG